GUCGUGAAGGAUGCCUCUCGUUUUAAUUGUACAGAGUUGGAUUCAGACAGAUCACAUCGUCUAUUGAAGCAACUCGGCCUUGGCCUCGUAUCGUCAAUGCCUUUUUGGGCUAUACGAGGUUGCAGCCGCUCCAAAAUGCGGCUGCUGGCCAUUUAUUACCAUUUCAUGAGUGAUAAAAUGGCUCACCGAGUGGACUUCAGCUUGAAUGAAGUUGCAGAACCAGAGAUAUAAAUACAAGCAUCUUCCGGACGUAGCUUCUGCUUCGAAACCACAUCCAAACUGCAAUCUCCUUGUCUCAUUCGGUCAUCUUCUUGCCUCAAGACUAUCCUGCAAUCAGAAUAACAUACCCAUUCUCAAAAUGAAGUUUUUCAGUCCCAUCACAGCACUCACCCUCCUCGCCUCUGUGGCAUCCACCUCCCCAACCCCCGCUAACCUCAUUCCCCGCGCCUGCACCACCAUCGCUCCAACAGCCAUCGACGUCCUCGACAGCACAAACCCCAACACCCCAAGCACCGGACAGCAGUUCUCCCUCGCCAGAACAGCCACCGCAAACACCAAGAUCUCCGCCCUCACCUUCACCGAGAUCCCCAACGGCGCCACAGGCUGCAUGCUCGCCAUCGAUAUCCCGGCCCUAGCGCAGCCCAUUGCGACGAACUCCAGCCAAGCAGAUAUCUGGACUACCAAUCCAUGGGACUUGACUUCUCCUCCUACCUGGAACAACCAGCCUACUCGGAGAGAGAUGGUGUCGACGUUCCAGUUCCCAACUUCGCCAACGACAUCCCCAUUCCAUACGAUCCUUGCGUCGAAUACGUGCUCUGGGAGUGUGAACUUUCAGAACUCUAUUGGCGGAAGUCAGCCGAUUGGAUUUAGCUUGGUGUAUAAUUGUUAGUAAAUAUUUGAGGGACGGUGUUGUUGUAGACCGAUAGUAAGAUUACCAGCGCGGGGUG